UUCUUUCGUCAUACCGCUAUAAAGUUCCCCUUGUGCUCAUGUGCUGAAUAAGCCCGCCGUUUUAACCUUUGGUCGGUUCUAAUCUUCCAUCAAAAACCCAAAGCCACCCCCCAACAAAAGCAACAACUACAACAAUGGCUCUAGGUGCCUCAGGUGGAUCCAGCGUUGUUGUUCCUCGAAACUUCAGGCUGUUGGAGGAACUUGAACGUGGGGAGAAGGGUAUUGGAGAUGGUUCUGUCAGCUAUGGAAUGGAUGAUGCUGAUGACAUAUAUAUGCGUUCUUGGACCGGCACCAUAAUUGGUCCACAUAAUACUGUGCAUGAAGGCCGUAUUUAUCAACUGAAACUCUUCUGUGACAAAGACUAUCCGGACAAGCCUCCAAGUGUUCGUUUCCAUUCCCGCGUCAACAUGACUUGUGUAAAUCCUGAGACGGGAGUGGUUGAAGGGAAGAAGUUUGGCAUGCUGACAAAUUGGCAGCGGGAGUUCACUAUGGAAGACAUACUGACUCAGCUGAGGAAGGAAAUGGCAGCUCCACAUAACCGCAAGCUUGUUCAACCUCCUGAGGGUACCUUCUUCUAAUUGGAUGUGUCAUAAUAAGACUUGUAAUAGAAGGAAAGGACAUGUAAACUUAUAUAUUUCUGAUAUGUGAGUAAAUGUAUCCAACUUGUUUAUGUCAAUGGACAGUUAUCUUGACUGAGUGAAUCUUGUCUC